GAACUUCGUCUGGAGUUAAUUGUCCCAAUAGCAUUGGAUGAAUCCAUGGAGCAUCCACUUCUGCUGAUUGUAGACAGUGCCCCCGGUGGCCAGGCGGUGAGCGAGCGCUUCUCUCUGGGCUGGGACUCAGUGCUGGUCAGCUCAGACAGCGUCAUCGUGGCCCGUCUGGACGGCCGGGGCAGCGGCUUCCAGGGUCAGAGGGUCCUGCACGAGGUCCACCAGAGGCUGGGGACUGUGGAUGUCCAGGACCAGAUCACAGCUCUGGAGCACUUGGUCAGACUUCCCUAUAUCGAUCGCAACAGAGUUGGAGUAUAUGGAAAGGCGUACGGAGGGUAUCUGUCCUCCCUCCUGCUCCUCUCACACAGCUCCAUGUUCCAGUGUGGUAUCGCUGUGGCUCCCAUCACCAACUGGAGACUCUACGGGUCGGCCCACACUGAGAAAUACUUUGGCUUCCCAGCGAGAGACGAUCACAAAUACCAAAUCUCCAGUCUGCUCAGAAACAGCACAGCAUCGAGCCCUCUGAACUUUCUGAUCAUCCACGGCACAGCAGAUGCCACCGUUCAUUUCCAGCAUUCUGCUGAGCUGGUCAAACUGCUGUCAGUGUUAAAUGUGAACUACACUCUCCAGAUUUUCCCAGAUGAAGGCCACAGCAUGGCCUCCAGCAGGAGCCAACACUACCUGCUGAACUCGGUGCUCACCUUCUUCAGGCGCUGCUUCAAGGAGAAGCAGGUCGUCGUCCCGCAGACGUCCAAAGAGUAUGACUAACGUCCUGUGAAGAGACAGGUUUGUGAAGAACCAAUGAUUGUCAUGAGCCAACAGAGAGAGGCUGUGAUUUCCUGAAAGGCUGCUGUCUGUUAAAGCACUCCAGAAGCAUUAGCAUGUAGCAUACUUAGCAUUACGUUAGCUAGGACCUGUGUUAGGCUUCCAGUGAGGUCUUGUGAGAUAGAAAAUAUGGAUUUAUUGUCACUGUAAUUAGUACUUUAGAUUGUACUUACUGUUUGUAAUGUUUGAGCCAUGUACUGAUUACAAAUGUCAGGGAAUCAAAGAAACGUGUAUAUUUCUAUUUUAAAAUAUUAUUUUGGCUGACUGCUGUAACCUACUGUGACUAUUUGUAUUCACUGCAAACAAAAUACUUCACUUGGGGGGCCAUAUCACAACAAAAUGUGCAGGUGCCUUUACACCUUUCAUGUAUAAUCAAAUAAUGAAUGAUGGAUUACCAGAGCAUCUGUUUCUUCAGUAACAGUUGAAUGAUUCAUUUUAAGACUAAAAAACAAUUGCCAUAUGGUGGUUUUCAUCACUUUCAGGGAAAUAUUGUGAAACUUCUCUCCUUUGGGAAUGAAUUUUAAUUUCUCUGAGGAAAGGUGGGGUGAUAUAACAAU